AUGGAGAUGGAACUUUUUCUAAGAGAAAUCCUGAUAGAGACGCGUUCCUACCAUAGACGCGGCAAUAAUAGGCAUCGAUUGAACUUCGUAGAAGAGCUGAAAAAUGAUGGCCAGGAAGAAGUUGUCUGUGAGGAGUGCGAGGAGCCGGCCGCAGUGGGUCCCACUUUCAAAUGCAGGGUUUGCCGAUACCUCUGUCAUGUAUCAUGCUUCGACAGUUCGUCAACCCUUUAUAUUCAUUUCGGUCGUAGGCAUGAUCAGUUGAAGUUCGCAGAAGAGAUGAAAAAUGAUGUCAAUGCGGGAGUUGCUUGCAUGGCGUGCCAGGAGAAAAUAGAGGGUCCCGGUUACAAAUGCUCUGCGUUCGAAUGCAACUUCCAGCUUCACAAAUCAUGCGCCCAACUGCCCCGCAAGAUGGACCACCCCUCGCACCCAAACCACAUCCUUAUUCUUGAGAUGCCAGGGGACUCUGCUGGUAAUUGUAAUGCUUGCGAUCCAUAUAGAGUCAGUGACUCGCGCGCAGAAUACUAUUCGCUACCUCAAAAAUCUGUUGAUGUUAUGAAGAUCAACCCAGAAACCUUGAAACAUGAAGGUCACCAACACUCUCUCUUCCUUUCCAUAAUUUCUAAUAAAAAUUGUAAUGUUUGUGAUCACGUUUUUGAGGACAAUGGGGUAUUUAUAUGCAAUGAUUGUGAUUUCGCCUUGGGUUUUGAAUGUGCAACACUUCCACUCAUAGCUUGGCACAAGUAUGAUGAACAUCUCCUUGCACUCACCUACGUUGCUGAAGAAGAUUCCAAAGAAUAUUAUUGUCUAAUUUGCGAAGAAGAAAGGGAUCUAAAUCAUUGGUUUUAUUAUUGUGCAAAAUGUGACUUUCCUGCUCAUCGUGAAUGCGUUUUAGGAGCAUAUCCAUACAUCAAGUUUGGAAGUACUUUCAAAGAUGAUGAAUACCACCAGCACCCUAUCACUUUUAUUCGAACGACUGAGUACUCCCCUCCAUGUGAUGCAUGUGGCAUGACUUUCGAUGGCGUGGCCCUAGAAUGCGCUCAAUGCAAGUUCAAGGUCCACUACGAGUAUACUUUAGUUUGUUUGAAAGAAAUGAGUAAUAAAGUGCUACAUCCGUAA